GAAAACGACGUAAAUGAAACAUAGAGCUUGGUUGUAUAGCAUAAGAUUCUUUUGCCAUUUCAAAGAAACAAAACAAACGGAAAACUAUGGCCGAAUUCAAAGGGUAGGGUGUACUUAUACCUACCUACUAUUUUCAUUUGACUUUUUCACAAAUGGCGGAUAUCAAAUUUAACUAGCGCUUCCUAAGAACGUGUUUGUAUCGUUAUUGCGCUUGAAGAACGAUAGUUCACGAAUAAAAAAAUGAUGGAAAUCACAAGAACAACGUUAGGUAUAGCUGUCGGAAUUGCGGGAACACUGUUCUUGGGUUACUGUGUAUACUUUGACCAGCAAAGGCGCAAGGAUCCGCUGUUCAAAAAGAAGUUGAGAGAGCGAAGACUGAAUGCACAACAAAAUGCUUCGAGGUCUCGUACCCUCGGUGGACCUGUUCCAGACAUGAACGAUCAUGAAGCUAUGCAGAGAUUUUUCUUGCAACAGAUUCAACUCGGCGAAGAGUUGCUGGCUGCAGGUGAUCUUGAAGCUGGAGUCGAACAUCUCGGGCAGGCUGUGGCUGUUUGUGGACAGACUGAACAAUUGCUUAGUGUACUUCAGCAAACUAUGCCAGCUCCAAUCUUCCAUCUGCUUCUUAAGAAACUGCCAGAAGUUUCAGAACGCCUCCGAUCCUCGAUGAAGGCGAGGAGCAACGUAAUGCAGGAAGAAGAUGUCGAAUAAAAAAUUGUGAAUUUGAAGAGAUGAAAGUAAAACAUGGUGGCCAUAAUAA